AUGAAUCUUAACACUAUAAAUCCUAUCCUCCUCGUUCUGUUCUGAGUGCUGAUGAUCUUAUCAACCUCUUCACAGGGAAUCCUGUUGAAGCUCCAAUCAAAUGUUACUGUUGAUGGCUCAAGAUUUGAGCACCCAUUCUUUUUAACUCUCAUCAUCUUCAUGGGAGAAUCACUCUGAAUUUUCUUAUACCUGCUUGAGAAGGCUUAUUUAGCUUACAGAUACGGAAGAGCUGAUCUAAGUCCUGAAAUGAUAGAAGCUCAGAACAAAGGCAAGCGUACUGAUAUCAAUCCAUUGUUGAUGGCCAUUCCAAUGUUAUGUGAUAGCACAGCCACUCCUUUAUAUAUGCUAGCUUACAUCAACAUUCCUGCAAGUAUAGGCCAAAUGAUGAGCGCACUUGUGAUAUUUGUAGUUGCUCUGCUAUCAAUCCUAUUCUUUGGUAGGAAGUAUUACAGACAUCAUUGGCUCGGCCUCAUCUUGGUCUUUGUUGGUAUCUGCCUUGUAGCAAUCUCAGCGCUCAUAUCAAGCAAGGGCUCAGGAACAACAGGCAACGUACCUCUUGGAGUUAUUCUUAUGAUAUUCUCUGUCUUCGCAAUUGGAUCCCAAUAUGUAGUUGAGGAGAAACUUCUUUCCUCAUAUUAUUUAUCUCCAUUCAAGGCUGCAGGGUGGGAAGGUAUUACAGGAACGAUCCUGUGGUGAGUCUUGCUCAUAAUCUUUCAAUUUAUCCCCUGCGAAGCUCAGAUAUGUAACAAUGGAAGAUUAGAAAAUACUAGUGUAGCUUUUGAGUUCAUGGCACAAAGUACCCAAUUGAAAAUUUUCUUGGUCGGCAACCUCCUUUUAACAGCAUGAAUGAGUGGUUUUAGUCUUUUGGUUACAAAAUAUGCUUCUGCUACUGCUAAAGUAAUUCUAAAACAAACCAAGAUAGUUAUAGUAUGGCUCUUCUUUUUGAUCUACAGAGGUGGAGGCCAUGAAACAUUUCAUGUUCUUCAACUUAUAGGAUUCGUACUCCUCUGAGCUGGUAUUAUUCUCUUUAAUGAAAUCAUUAUAAUUCCCGUUCUUGGCUUUAACAAGAAUACUAAGGCAAGGUUAACACAGAGAAGAAUGGUGUCUUCACCCUCAGUUCUAAAAGACGAGCUUUCAGAGUCUCUUUGUCAAAGUGAAACGAUAUACUUAAUGAAUGACGAAACAGAGAAUUGAUCAAGCUUCUAGAACUUAUCAAAGCACAAUCUGAAAUUUGGUAUC